CUACCACAGCGCGGCUUCAAGCUGUCAGUUCUUCGGGAGCUUGGAGAAUUUCAAGUCGUACUUUCCUAUCUUCUUGUCCUUUUUUUUAAUUUUUAUUUUGGGAGACGCAGCAAUGGCUGAGAACCUGUCACAGAGCGAGCUGGACUAUCCCUUCAAACUACUUGAGUACAUCCACGGAUUCAGAGUGUCAAAGGCCAUCUUCGCGGCAUGCGAGUUGGGCAUUUUUGACCUCCUAGCGACAUCGCCGUGCGCUCUGAGCGCCCAGCAGGUGGCGCAGGCCCUGGGCAUUAGCACGGACGGAACCGAGCGACUGCUGAACGCCCUGGUGGGCAUCGAGAUACUCCAGGUGGAGACGCAAGCGGAACACAAGCCAGUUCUCUACAGCAGCACCGACGUAGCCGGCGUCUACUUGGCCAAAGGUGGCGCCAAGUCCCUGCACAACAUGGCCAUUUACCAGUCGCAGACCACCUACCCGCUCUGGAACCACUUGGCGGAUGCCGUGAGGGAGGGCAAGAACCAGAACGAGAAGGUCUUCGGGAUCCCGCCCGAGGAGAUCUUCCAAGCGAUAUACCGCUCCGAGGAGGAUAUGCUGAAGUUCAUGGGACUGAUGGACUGUGUGUGGUCGCUGGACGGACACGACGCGGUGACGGCGAUCGAUCUCGCUGGCUUCCGGAACAUCGUUGAUCUCGGAGGAUGCACUGGAGCGCUGGCCCGCCACUUGACCAAGGCGUACCCUGGUUCUUCCGUUGUGGUGUUUGACAUGCCGGUGGUGGUGGAGAUGGCCAAAAAGCACUUCCUGCGGGAGAGCGACACCUUCACAUUCCAUAGCGGAGAUUUUUUCCAGAAUGAACUUCCUGUUGGCGACUUGUACAUUCUGACUCGCAUCCUCCAUGACUGGUCAGACGACAAAUGUCUCACCCUUCUCAAGAAGAUCCACGAUGUUUGCAAACCAGGCGGCGGCGUUCUGCUAGUGGAGGCCUUGCUGUUGGAGAACCGACGCGGGCCCCUCCAGACGCAGCUCUUUUCGCUCAACAUGUUGAUGCAGACGGAGGGCCGCGAGCAUCCGCCCUCCGAGUACACAGGCAUGCUCCGCCAGAGUGGUUUCGGCGAUGUCCAAGUGUGCCGUACGGGCAAGACUUACGACGUCAUUUUAGCUCUCAAAUAAAAAACAAAACGAAAAAAAACGGACUUUUUCUGUCGCUGGUAUCCAACAAAUACUGCAAUGUUACAUUUUAACGAAAUUUCUAUACCUUUACUUUUUGGCGCUUUUUUUCAAUGCUUUAUUGCUGAAGUAAAUGAAGGCAACUUUAUUUAAAAAAAGGUGUUUAUACAUGUUAUAUGAUAAGUGGGACUUUUUUUCUGGCGCUGAAUAAACAUUAGAACUGUAACCUGGGACGUAGGUUUGGUCUCUCUCAACAUUGGUCAGAGAUUCCGACAUUUGAUGCAGGUCGGACAUUCCGUAGCAAAAUUAGUGGUGUCUCCCUCAUUUCCACAACAUUGACGUCUUUUUACACGACUUACAGUGGCUGCUGCUGGGCGAAAAAACUUCUAAUA